GAAACUUUUAUUUAUAGAAACUGGCCUAUUAAAAAAGAACGGAGGGAGUAUGAUAUAUAUCUGACUUUACCUGGUUGCAGAUGUUAAUAUGUUGGUACCAACACCAGAUACGUUAUCUUUUUGUUAGGCUAUUGAGUUGUCGAAUUUUAGUCUUGAAGGUGUAAAUAAAAUGCCUAACUAGUUUCCUUCUGGUGUCAAGUUUGCCUCGGCUUCUAUUGGUAGCUUAGAUAUUCAGCCUCUUCAGUUACGUAAUCUGAAAUAUCUGAAGCUGCAUACAAGCCUUUCAAGAAACUCCAUGAAUGCAGUAACAAACUUACUCAAGAUUUCUCCAAACAUUGAAUCCAUUAGCCUUGUAAUAAAUCGGCUACUAACAAACUCUUCUCAUUAUUACUUCUUCCCAUUCAGCCCUGAAACUUUGAUGAUGAAUUUUGUCUUUGUAUUCCAAAAUGGUCACCCAGAAACGCAUCAGUAAGCAUCCAAUGUAUCCAUAUUUUGACGAAGAGAUUAAGGUGCACUCAGCAGAUGUAAAAGAUUAUUGGAAGGCAGGGUUAUCAUUGCCAUCUAUGUUAAAUCUCCUUAAAGCUGUUGAGAUCGAAGGUAUCGAAGGACGCAUUAACGAACUCAUGUUUGUGGAACUUUUGCUGAGGAACUCGAUUGUCUUGGAAGAACUGGUUCUUUUCAGCUGUAAUUGUGAGAAAUAUUGUAAAAAACCCUCAGAUGAUAAAGAGAGAAGGAUGAAGAAAUUUAGCAAGAGGCUAUUAAAACUUCCUAAAGCCUAUGCAGGUACAACAACUUUGUUUCAGCUAGCAAUGGGUUUAGAAGAAACUAGAAUGCCACCUCUCAUGGGUGAUUCUCUUUGCAAUAAAAAGAGGCAUCAUAUCUUGAUCAUGACCAAUCCUUAUCGCUGACCAGGUCAGAAAAACACCAUGGAAAUUCCCGUGACAAGCUAUAUAAAUCAACUUAAAAUUCCCUAGAAAACAACGUUUGUGCCUCACACUUCCAUCUCCCCAACAAAAGCUUUCAGUUCGCAAUGUUGCUCACAGGUAGUACUUUAGCUUACAGGUUCCUCUGACAAGGUAUUAUUGCGCAUCUAUGGAUUUGAUAUCUAUAAUGUUUUAUGUUGUCUCUAGCUAAGUUGUGUUUUUUCUGAGUUUCCAGUGUCUCAGCAAUGCUUUCUAUUGCAACGCGGACCUACCAGUGGCCCCCCAGUUAACCUGCAAUGCUUCCCAAAUUCUCCCGAUAAGCACCUGCAAAGAGAUUCUGCCAGCUGCCUGAAAAUGAGAAAGGGCAUCCCUGGAUGACCAUGAUUUCAAUACGAUGGAAUGAAAUAGACUUCACGGAGACCGAUGAGGUUACCAAGUUCGCUCUCUUCUGUUUCACCGUGGUGUACUAGGCAACACAUGUCCUCUUAAAAGAGAUGAAUUUAAAGUCUAUUGAAAUAUUAAACCGACA